AUGGCAGAUUCAUCCAGUGAUUCAGACAACUUUCUUAGAGGUCAAAUAGGAAGGCGGCCACCUUUGAGAGCACCCCACAACAGAGCUCGGAACAAUGAUGCUGAAGAAGUUACAGAGAAGAUCCAUACUUUAGCAAGCACUUUACAGGAUACCAACAGAAAUCUAAGACAUGUUGACCGUUUGCUAGGACAAUACAGAGAAUACAACAAGGAACAAACCGAAGCAAUAGCAACUUUAAAAGAAACACUGGAACAAUCAAUAGGUCAAUUAAGGAGCCAACGAUUAAUCCGAAACUCUGGAAUGAGAAGUGCUUCUCUCUCCAGCUUAUACCCUAGUGAUCUGGAUGGAGAAGGAGUGUCAGGGAACCGUCACUUCCUGCCUACUUCUCCUCUCAGGGAUUAUGGAGACUCACAGGGCAAUAAACAUCGAAGGUCCAGAUCUGCAAGUGUUCGAUUUGUCAAUGAGGCAGAUAAUUUGGACCAGCUGCAUUCUUUCCACCAGUCUCUUCGAGACCUCAGUAGUGAACAAGUUCGCCUAGGAGAUGACAUCAGUCGGGAGCUUUCAAGAAGAAAUCGGACUGAUGCUGAAUUAAGAAAGACUCUAGAAGAAUUGUCUGAAAAGCUCACUGAGUCCCAAAGGCAAGAAACGGUAUCAGAACGGAUAGAGAAAAGACUUCAGGAGAUAGAACAAGAAAUGCGUGCUGAAAGACAGCUUGUAGAAAGGCGCCAGGACCAACUGGGACAUAUGUCUCUUCAGUUACAAGAGGCUUUAAAGAAGCAAGAUGCUAAAGCAGAUGAAACAGAAGAACUCAUGAAAAAUAAACUUGUGAAAUACGAAAGUGAAAAGAACCAACUUAAGCAGGAGUUGGAGCAGUCCCAGAAAAAGUUGAAUGAGUCAGAAGGCAGUAGAGAAGCUCUUUUGCAUCAGAUUGAGAAUCUUCGUUCCCAACUUUUGAGGGCAGAAGAUGACCGUGUAGAGUUGCAACAUCAAAUUUCACAUGUUGCUAUGCACCACCAGGGCUACCAGAAUGUACAAGAUGAUGACAGGAGAAUUAGAACAGUAGCUGAAAGAUAUGAGAGAGAGAAGCAAGAACUGGAGAAACAUAUUUUGGAGCUUAAAGCAAAACUGAGUUGUAAUGCAGUAAUGUCAGAGGUAGAAGAACUAAAGAGAUGCAUAGAGCGUAAGGACAAGGAGAAAGCACAGCUUGUAAUGCACAUACAGAGCAUAACAGCAGACA